CUAUCACAGUUGAGUUCCACUGAAAGAUACCAACACCUGACAAGAUGCGCUCCUUCAUCAUCAUCGCUUUCCUCGCCGUGGUUGCCGUGGCCGCCGCUCAAGGUCCCCGCGGACCUCGAGGACCUCGAGGCGGACCUGGUGGUCCAGGUGGUCCGGGUGGUCCAGGUGGUCCAGGUGGUCCAGGUGGACCCCAGGGAGGCCCUGGAGGUCCUGGAGGACCUGGUGGUCCUCAGGGAGGUCCUGGUGGACCUGGUGGUCCUCAGGGAGGUCCUGGAGGCCCUGGUGGUCCUCAGGGAGGUCCCGGUGGUCCUGGAGGACCUCAGGGAGGUCCAGGUGGUCCCGGAGGUCCUGGACCAUGGGGUCCGCCACCGAAUGCCACCGAGUCCACCACCAGCUCCACCAGCAGCACCAGCAGCACAAGCACCACAACCACGACCACCGAAGCCAGCACCUCCACCAGCACCACGGAGGCCACCACCAGCACCACCACCGACUCCUCUGCUUAAGUUGCCGAGCUCCGGCCAAUCUAAAAUCCAUUUUUGGCUUGUUCUGCUCCGCGCUUCGCUCGAUAUUAAUAAAAGUCUUUUCUGCAAGAAGUAAA